AUGGCCAUUGUUGCCAACCCGGAGCCGAACGCCACAUUUUUCACAUUGGAUCAUCUCAACGCCCACAACGUCUUGGAGCACGACGCAAGUUUGAGUCGCACAGAUGCUUUCUUUGGAAGUAAUCACAUCUUCAACCAAACUAUAUUUGAUGAGUCACGAGCCUACUGGACCAAAGAUGUUCUUGACGCGGAUCAGCUGGCCAACAGCAAGAUCGCCCGCCAAAUCAACUCCAAAGCUUUCAAUCCCAACUAUACCUUCACUGCAUCCGUGGAGAACUUCAGUCUCGGGGAGGUUGCUGCUCCAAUCAUUGCGUUUGGGGAUAUCAGCAGUAGCACCGUCAACAGGACCUUGGUCGAGUAUUUCUUCUGUAAGUUCUGGAAACUCGAAGUCGUUCUGUCAAACUCGGUUUAA